AUGUUAAAACGUAUCAUGUCUGCCAAAUAUUAUGAUAUUGGUUUCAAUUUAACUGAUGAUAUGUUUCGCGGGUUAUAUCAUGGUAAAAAGUAUCAUGAAUCUGAUAUAUCUAAUAUCCUAACUAGAGCAUAUCAAAGAAAUGUCAAAACUGUUUUAGUGACAGGUUCCUCAAUAGAAGAAUCUCGAGAAGUUAUCAAAUUAAUACAAGAAUAUCAAUCUAAGACACCUAUUAAUUUGUACCAUACAAUUGGUGUUCACCCAUGUUGUGUUAAUGAGUUUGUUCAAUCUGAGGUCAAUUCUGGUAUAAAUAAUCCAACAAAUAAUGAAGAAAUGAAUCAGCAACUCUUUGAUAAUAUGGAUAUUGAUCAUGUGAAAGGCAAACUAAAAGAAUUGUUUGAAUUAGUGCAAGCCAAUAUUGAUGACAGCAAUAAUUCAUUACGUGCUAUUGGUGAAAUUGGUCUUGAUUAUAGCAGAUUACAUUACUCUUGCAAAGAUUUACAGAAAUUAUUAUUUGAAGAACAACUAAAAUUGUCAUGUUUGAUAAAAAAUGAUUCAAUACCUCUGUUCUUACACAUGAGAAACUGUGGUCAAGAUUUUAUUCAAAUUUUGAAAAAAUUUAUUAUUGGUUUCUUAGAUACAAAGGAUCUAUUUAAUUUGAAAUCUUUGGUUCAUGAACAAGACCAAAACAAUUCGAUUUUUUAUAAAUUCAAUCCAAAUAGAAAAUUUGUAGUUCAUUCAUUUACUGAUUCCUUGACAGAUUUAAAAGAUUUAUUAAAUUUAUCACCAAACUGUUAUAUUGGAAUGAAUGGUGCAUCUUUUAGAGAAACUAAUAAUAUUGAGUGUGUUAAAUAUAUACCAUUGGAUAGAUUAUUAUUAGAAACUGAUGCACCAUGGUGUGAAAUUAAAAGAACCCAUGAAGCAUGGAAGUAUCUUUCAGAUAGGGACAAAGAAAAUAAAUAUAAACUUAUCAAAAAGGAUAAGUUGAAGAAUAUAUCAAAAGAAGAAUGGGAUGAUUAUAUGAUUAAAGGUAGAAACGAACCUUGUACAAUGGAAAAUGUUGCAAAAGUUAUAUCCAAUGUUAAACAAUUGCCUCUUGAAAAGGUAAUUGAUACAGUGUGGCAAACUUCAUGUAAUGUAUAUGGAGAAUGA